AUGCCUUCUGAAAAGGAAAUUCCAAACCCAAAACUCAUCAGUCCCUCCAAGACUAGAAUCGGAUGGAUUGGCAUCGGUAUAAUGGGAUUAGCCAUGGUCUCUCAUAUCCUCGACGCAGGCUAUUCAGUCACCGUCUAUGCUCGUGACCUGCGGAAGUCUAAGAAUCUGCAAACCAAAGGAGCUCACACCGCUAACAGCCUAAAAGAGCUAGCAGAGAUGAGCGACAUUGUGUUCACGAUAAUUGGAAAUGCUAACGAUGUCUGA